UUGGGGCGCGUGGCGCUCUCCCCUGUCUGGUUCCUCUACAGCCUGUUCAUGAAGCUGUUCCAGCGCCCGCGGCCGGCCCUCACCCUCGAGAGCCCUGACAUCAAGUACCCACUUCGGCUCAUCGACAGGGAGGUCAUCAGCCAUGACACGCGGCGCUUCCGCUUCGCCCUGCCGUCCCCCGAGCACAUCUUGGGCCUGCCUGUCGGCCAGCACAUCUACCUCUCCGCUCGAAUCGAUGGGAACCUGGUCAUCCGGCCCUACACGCCCGUCUCCAGCGACGAUGACAAGGGCUUUGUGGACCUGGUCAUCAAGGUCUACUUCAAGGACACACACCCCAAGUUCCCUGCGGGGGGGAAGAUGUCGCAGUACCUGGAAAGCAUGCAGAUUGGAGACACCAUCGAGUUCCGGGGCCCCAACGGGCUGCUGGUGUACCAGGGCCGAGGGAAGUUUGCCAUUCGGCCCGACAAGAAGUCCAGCCCUGUGAUCAAGACGGCCAAGUCGGUGGGCAUGAUCGCCGGAGGGACAGGCAUCACCCCCAUGCUGCAGGUGAUCCGGGCCAUCAUGAAGGACCCAGAAGACCGCACCGUGUGCCACCUGCUCUUUGCCAACCAGACCGAGAAGGACAUCCUGCUGCGGCCCGAGCUGGAGGAACUGAGGAACGCGAACUCCGAUCGCUUCAAGCUGUGGUACACGCUGGACAAGGCCCCCGAGGCCUGGGACUACAGCGAGGGCUUCGUGAACGAGGAGAUGAUCCGGGACCACCUCCCGCCGCCGGGUGAGGAGACGCUGGUGCUGAUGUGCGGGCCACCGCCCAUGAUCCAGUUCGCCUGCCUGCCCAACCUGGAGCGCCUGGGCCACGCCAAGGAGCGCUGCUUCUCCUUCUGAGCUGGGACCGCGCCUCCGCUCUGCCCGCCUGCUGCUCUCGUCCUCCCCUGCCGCCCCACGGGGCUGCUGCGCCCACCGGGGCCCGGGUUCAGCCCGGCCUGCCUGUGCCUUGGUGGCGCCGCUGGGGACACGCCUGUCGCUGCUCUGCGAACCCCGCCUGGGGCCCAGGCUGAGGUCGCCAGACCCUCGUACUGCCCGGCCCUGGAAGGGGGGGAGCGCAGGGCUUCGGGGCCCAGCCUGCCCCCCGCCACGGCCACCCUCACCGACACUACACGAGACAACUGACUCCUGAAGCCCCUCCCAGAGCCCACAGGCCCCGCUGGCUGGAGCCCCUCUCUCAGGGGACCCCAGCAUUUCUCCAGCACCCCCAGACACUCAGGCAGCCCUGGGCGCCCCAGGUUGCCAGCCUGGCGGAGUGCAGAGGUCCCAGCCCCGAGGGACAUCAGCCCCUCGGCCCCCACCCGCCUCCCUGCGCCCCGCGGGGGCCUGCCCAGUGCCUCUCCUCUGACAGACGCCCUUGGGGGCUUCUAGACAACAGCUGUGUCGCCUUCCACGUAGCGGCUUUCUUGGAGUCAUGUAUGAGCAGAGAAAGAAUUCAAGUAAAACUUUGCUACUCAGC